AUGCUGAGCACGUUUGCCUUGUUCGUGUACGGCUGGAUUCUCGGCACCUUCGCCGUGCCGCUGUGCUACCUCUACGGCCUCGAAAGACUCACACUGCUUGUGCAGUACAGCAGCAGGAUCCUGCUCUCCCUCUACGUGCGCCUCUCUGGCCAAGACGUCGUCCUCACCCACUUCAGGCGGCCCAACUACCACGAGAGCGCCAUCAGCAACACCUCGAUGAGCACGCUGGACGCGAUGGAGCCGGCGCCAUCCCUGUCGGAGGCGACGGGCGUUUCUUCCGUGCGGCACACGGCGGUCUGCCACAUUUUUUACCCGAGAGCAGGCAAUGUUUUUGGCACCGUGUACGACUGCCGCUUGGUGCUGAACGACAAGCACCUGCUGGUGUACCAGGUGCAGGGCUCGCACGGGUUGGGCAGCCACGAGCGCAUCAUUACGUCUGAGCGACUGCAGGGUCGUGUGCGGGUCGACCGCAUCGUUGUGCAGCCCUCCUUUAUGCCGCACAGCGGCCGUCGCGGGGCGGGGGCGUUGCAAGGUCACGUGCUGCACAUCCGCGCCUGCGACGGCGGACCCCUCUUUGAGGAGGACGGGGACGCGCUGGAGGAGUCCAUGUCAGAGACGCUCCGCUCCACGCGCAGCGGGGGCGUCGCGAGCGGCGGCCGCGCAAAACACCCGAAAGGCCAAGUGGAGGAUAACAGCGUCGCCGGCUUGAGCGCCACCGGCGGCCCCGGCAGCGUCGACAGCAGCGGCAAGGCGCCCGGGUCGUCUGGAGGCGCCGACAGCGAGGCGGACUGCCGCUCCGACGCCAGGUACACCGUCGUUGUCAAGUUCUACUACCUGCGGGAGCAGGAGCGGUGGCAGACGCUGCUCGAGGGUCCGCAGGAGGCCGCCCGCUGGCGGGCCUACCUCCGCACCGUCACCACACCCGACUCGUUCAACCUCGUGCUCACGCGGCUGCUGCGACAGAACAUGCGCACGACGGCGCUGGCCAACUUCAUUGGCGCCCAGCUGCAGAAAAAGUUUGAUCAGCUGAGCGUGAGGAAGUUCCCACGCGAGAUUGAGGGGCGCAUCAUCCUCGACGACUUCCUCAUCGGGGAGGAGGUGCCCAUCUUCAGCAACGUCUCCGCGCCGAGGCUGGUGGCCAACGGGGAGAUGGUGUUUGACUUUGACCUGCUCUACCGCGGCGGGGCCACGCUGUGCCUGCGGCUCAAUCUCACCUACCGCGGCUUCCGCAUCCCGCACGUGGUGUUCUCCAUCAAGAUCCUGUACCUCGCGGUGCGGGUGCGGGUGAGCGUGGGGCCGCCGCCCAGCAAGAAGUUUUGGCUCGGCGGCCUCUCCCCCCCCGACCUUCGCGUGGAGAUGCACCAGGGCAUCCAGUCCGGCCGCGGCCUGCUGCACCGCAUCCUCACCUCCCUGCCCGACCUCAGCUCCAUCGCCUCCAACCUCCUCAAGCUGUACCUCAUCUACGACAUGGGGCUCCCCGCGCUGGACGACUUCCCGCUGCCGAGCGUCGAAAAGACGCCGCCGCCGUCGCCGCAGCGGGCCACGCGGAAGGCGUGGGACACCCGCUUCAGCCGCCGCCGCGCCGCCGCGCACGGCCGCGGCCACGUCAACGCCGCGCCAACGGCGGCCGCCAGCUCCGGCCGCGUCACGCCUCCCGCGACGAGCCUCCCGGCCCCCGUCGCGGCGGACUCACCCCAAAUCGUCCGGAGCAGCGAAAACAGCACCAACGACCUCAACUUUGGCACUACCACGACCCCGAGCUUCACCCGCAGCGGCAACCGGGACGGCUCCUUCUCUCUCGCCCCCGUCUCUCAGCUGUCACCGAACUCAGAGGACGCGCGGAGGCUGCGGCUAAAAUUAAAGGCGCGUGAACUGAUGCGGAAGGCUGUGAGGCGCGUCACUGGAGUGCCUGACUUUCACGCCAAGGGUUCUUCGUAG